UGCCGCGCACUGAGCUCGCACUUUGUGUCACGGUGCCACCGGGUGAGAGGCGACAGACUGCUGCGCGUCCGGGGAUACCAGUCCCCAUCCGCAAGGUUCAAGCGACAUCCCGCUGCGGGCAAUGACAUUGGCGGACUGAAGUGGGAAUACACGAGAAAACGCAAAAAUGACGGUGGACUUUGAAGAAUGUAUAAAAGAUUCACCCCGAUUCAGGGCUGGCAUUGAUGAUGUGGAGACAGAUGUGGUGGAGAUCGAGGCAAAGCUUGACAAGCUGGUGAAGCUGUGCAGUGGGAUGAUUGAGGCCGGCAGGACCUACGUCAGCGCCAACAAGCUCUUUGUUAAUGGCAUCAAGGACCUGUCCCAGCAGUGCAAGAAAGAGGAGAUGAUAUCAGAAUGCCUUGAAAAGUGUGGAGAAAGCCUCCAGGAGAUCGUCAACUACCACAUGAUUUUGUUUGACCAGGCUCAGAGGUCCAUCAAGCAGCAGCUUCACACCUUCAUUAAAGAGGAUGUGCGUAAGUUCAAGGACACCAAAAAGCAGUUUGACCGGGUGCGUGAGGACAUGGAGCUGGCCCAGGUGAAGAACGCCCAGGCACCCAGGAACAAGGUCCAUGAGGCAGAGGAGGCCACACAGGCCCUCAUUCUCAGUCGCAAAGCCUUCAGGCACCUGGCGCUGGACUACGUACUACAGAUUAAUGUUCUUCAGGCCAAGAAGAAGUUUGAAAUCCUGGAUGCAAUGCUGUCCUUUAUGCGGGCCCAGUACACUCUGUUCCAACAAGGCUUUAAUAUCUUGGAUGAGAUUGACCCUUUUAUGAAAAAACUGGCUGCACAGCUGGAUCAGCUGGUCAUUGACUCGGCCGUGGAGAAGCGGGAGAUGGAGCACAAACACGCCCUCAUCCAGCAGAGAACUCUGAUGCAGGACUUUUCCUAUGAUGACCCCAAGUUGGAAUUCAAUGUGGAUGCACCCAACGGUGUGGUCAUGGAAGGCUACCUCUUCAAGAGAGCCAGCAACGCUUUCAAGACUUGGAACAGGCGGUGGUUUUCUAUACAAAACAGCCAGCUGGUCUACCAAAAGAAACUCAAGGACUCUUUGACAGUGGUGGUGGAGGACCUGAGGCUGUGCUCAGUCAAACCUUGUGAAGAUAAUGAGAGGAGAUUCUGCUUUGAGGUGGUUUCACCCACCAAGAGCUGUAUGCUGCAGGCUGAGUCUGAGAAGCUACGGCAGGCUUGGAUCCAGGCAGUCCAGGCAAGCAUUGCCUCUGCUUACAAAGACAUCGGCGAUAAUUAUUACAUUGAGCGGUUGGAUCGGACAGCCUCGCCCUCCACGAGCAGCAUCGACUCUGCCAGCGAGCCCAGAGAGAGGGGGGAGAGGGCUGAUAAAGGAAUGAGGGGGGGGGGAGAAAGCCUCCUCCAGAGGGUACAGAUCCUGCCAGGCAACGAGCUGUGCUGUGACUGCGGCCAAACGGCUCCAUGCUGGGCUUCCAUCAACCUUGGAGUGCUGCUCUGCAUCGAGUGCUCAGGGAUCCACAGGAGUUUAGGCGUUCAUUGCUCUAAAGUGCGUUCACUGACGUUAGACUCAUGGGAGCCAGAGUUACUCAAGUUGAUGUGUGAAUUGGGGAACACUGUGAUUAACCAAAUUUACGAGGGAGGCUGUGAGGAACUAGGAGCAAAGAAACCUGGACCCUCCAGUUCAAGGCAGGAGAAGGAAGCCUGGAUCAAGUCAAAAUACGUGGAGAAACGCUUCCUGAAGAAAAUGAGUGGGAGCGAAGCAUUAGUGGAGGGUGAAAGGAAGUCUCGCCCCUGGACAGUGAAGAAAUGCCAGCGACACAACAGCUCUGUUCGGGCCCCAAACAAGGCCCGCAGGAAAUACCACCGCUAUGAGCCAGGCAGCGCCUCCCAUGCAAACCUCUCAGCAGCAGCGGCAGCAAAGUUUCGCCGGGACUCCCUGUUCUGUCCAGAUGAGCUGGACUCACUAUUUUCCUACUUUGACACCGGCUCUGGUCCUCGCAGCCCCGCAGGUCUUAGCAGUGACAGCGGCCUGGGAGGCAGCACAGACGGUAGCACUGACAUCCUGGUUUUUGGCUCGGUGGUGGACAGCGUCACAGAAGAAGAGGAAGAGUCGGAGGAGUCGUCCAGUGGUGAGGUGGAGAUUGAACAGGAAAUGUCUUCAGACCCCGAAGAUCCAAGGGAGCUGCAUCCUGGGGCUCUCCUCCACCGAUCCUCACGGCUACACAACCUGCCGCUCAUGGCCGAGGCGUUGGCACACGGUGCUGACGUACACGCUGCAAGUGAGGAGGAAGAGGGGAAAACGCCACUCAUACAGGCCGUGAACGGGGGCUCUCUGAUAGCUUGUGAGUUCCUGCUACAGAACGGAGCUGAUGUGAACCAGAGGGACAUGAGAGGCAGAGGCCCGCUGCACCACGCCACCUACCUGGGGCACACUGGUCAGGUGUGUCUGUUCCUGAAGAGAGGAGCAUCACAGACGGAGGUGGAUGAGCAGGGCCACGACCCCCUCAGUAUUGCUGUCCAGGCUGCCAACGCAGACAUUGUCACCCUAUUGCGUUUAGCACGGAUGAACGAGGAGAUGCGAGAGGCCGAGGCUCCACUGGGUCAACCAGGGGUUGCCACGGGCAGCAGGAGAGUUAAACCCAAGGAUGUUCGGGAUAGAGUCACAACUCCUGUGUUGAUGUCUUUCGCGAGUUUUCUCUCCUCGCGUCUCUCCAGCCCGAGAAGUUGAGGAGAAGAAGCGUACAGUUCAGCCGCUGCAAGAAGCCACAGUGACCACCACUGACCAUCGCCGAUCACCCCUUUAUCUGAUCAAUCUUCAGUCACUUUGGAAACAAAAGGGAGGCAGUACGUGCCAUCCAAAGAGACAUUUUAAAUGCUGGGGAGUGAAUGCUGCAGGUAGGGGUAAGACGCCCCCCUUAAAAACAAUGUCAGACGUUUGGACCCCACUCUAUAUAUUUUGAAUAUCAAUAUGAUAUGUAAACAAUAAGUGUGCCCGAGUAAACAUUUUUAGAAGGUAAAUAAAUCAUAACAGACUACAACUUUGUUAUUAUAAAAGUAAAUGUAACUGGCAGCACUGUUGUCUUAGCAUGUCAGAAAAUCUGCGGACAUACCAUGUUGUUUUUUAAAGUGGCAAUCCGAAAGUUUAGUAUUGCACUUCCAUAAAGGUGAAGGACUCACAAGAGACAUACUUAAAAGGAGUCUUCCUAACUACUCAUACUCUCAAGUAUAGAUCAAGCACCCAAAUGACUGGAUUCUACAUUUACCAUAAUGGAACACAAUAGCAUAUUCUUUUAGAUCCUCCCUGCCUGGUAAAUGUCUGUCUUUUACAUUUCAUGCCACCUUAACAUUUGUAAUAUCCAGUCCAAAGCCAGAAUAACCCCAAUGACAUCAUCUGAGAUAUUUCUUUUAGAGACAGGAAAGCUUCUGCAAGAAUUAAAGCAAUCACUGCGCAAAUGUUUCCAUGGGCUUAAACAUGCUCCCUGUGAUGAGUAAACUAUACUGGUGGUUUAAAAUCAGUGAACUGCCCCUUUACUUUUUUGAGUAAUUUCCUUUUUUUUCAACCGGAAAU